AUGAGAGAGCGACGGCGCUCCCACGGCAGUCAUGGCCCACCUCCUUCACGGCGUAUCAUAUAUUUAGCCAUAGGCUCGCUACUUCUGCUCUUGGUCACGAACAUAUAUCUUCUGAAUACGACAGCGGCGUGUGAUGUGUUGUAUGCAGAGUGGCUUCCCGCGAGCUCAGGUACACAUGAACAGCGCCUAGGCGGCCAUAUCUGGCGCAAGAGCAGAGAGCCUGCUGCCUCGAGAGGAGUGCAAGAUGAACACCCUAUACGGCAUUUGAUGCAACUGGCAGACCACAGAUUCAAGAUUUACGAUGCGGAUCGGAGCUUGACGUUCAAGGGCACGGUAGACAAGUACCGGCGCAAGUAUGGACGAUAUCCACCACCAGGUUUCAAAGCGUGGUACAAGUUUGCCCGCGAACGAAACGUCCACAACAUUGACGACUUCGACCAGAUCUAUGCAGACCUACGACCAUUCUGGGCAAUUCCGCCAACCGAUAUACGACACUAUGCAGCUCAUGCCUCUGAUAUUCGUGACCAUGGCGUCUCUGUAGUAUCUCUGCGAAGCGGCCAGGUAUUUCAAGAAUUAUGGGGCUGGCGUUCAGAGACAUUCGUACGUAUGCUGAGCAGCUUCGCCCACUGGUUGCCAGACAUGGACAUCGCCAUGAAUCGUAUGGACCAACCUCGUGUAGUCGUACCGUGGGAGGAGUUGCAAGAGAUGCUGAAGAUAGAAGAGAAGUCGAGGACGCUAGAGGAAAUGGGCAUGGUCGAUGCAUUCACAAAGAACAUGUCUGGCUUUUGGGAGCGACGACCUCCAGCUCCUGAGCCAACUUGGCUGAGCAAAUGGAGUCCUUUCUGGUUUCCCAUUGAGCAUGUCGAGGACUCUGCCAAUCCACCUCCGGAAUAUGGAUGGUUUUGGCAUGGUGGGAAGCAAUACAUGGACAUUGCUGGCAAAGCAUGUCCACCGGACUCAUAUGCUCGCAACCCAGACUCUGCUUUUCAUCUCAUGGCAGCAGAAGGCCGCUACAAAAAUGAACUAGGUGGGUUCGUUACGAAUUUCAACACGUCCUCCGACCUUUGCACUGUCGGUCCACAGCUACACGAUCUUCACGGCAUGCUCUCCUCCGCCGCUUCAGUCCUGGCCACGCACAAACUGGUGCCCAUCUUCGGCGAGUGCAAGGUCAAUGUCAACAACGACAUCCUCUUCCCAGCCAACAUGUAUUGGAAACGUGAUAAGCGCUACCAAUACAACUCGGAGCAAGACAUCAGCUGGGAUGACAAGGACGAUAUGAUGCCGUGGCGCGGCGUCACAUCCGGCGGAACAGCAUUCGAAGACAAGCCCGAGCAGUGGCGAAGUAUGCACCGACAACGACUCGUACAACUGGCAAACUCAACAAUCUUGUCAGAAAGCGACACCAGCACUAACAUCCUCGACCUUACCGAUCCGGUAGCUGGCGCCUACGGACCACAGCCCUUCCACCCAGCAUCUUUCGCAGCAGACCAUACAAACAUCGGCUUCACAGAGAAGAUUGCCUGUCUCCCAAACUGCGACUUCUACAACAGCACCUUCACGCUCCUCAACCAGACCACCUUCGCCCAGACCUUCGGGUCAAAGUACUUGGUAGACAUCGACGGACACUCGUUCUCCGGUCGCUGGCGAGCUUUCUUGCAAUCGCGAAGUCUAGGUAUCAAAGCCACGAUAUUCAGAGAAUGGCACGACAGCCGGCUGUGGGCGUGGCGACACUUCGUACCCAUGGACAAUAGAUUCGACGACUUGUACAGUUUGCUCACCUACUUCAUCGGCUUCGAUGAUGAAAACAAUGGUGCUGUUACGGUCCCGAGACACGACUACGAGGCUUUCACUCUCGCGCAACAAGGUAGAGAGUGGGCGGAGAAAGUUCUGAGGAAAGAGGAUAUGGAGAUUUAUCUUUUUCGGUUGUUGUUGGAGUAUGGGAGGGUGAUUGAUGAUAAGAGGAAGAAGAUUGGGUUUGUGGGCGAUGGCGGGGAGGAGAUGGAGGAGUUUGAUCGGAGGGUGCCAGCUGUGGAAUAG